AUGAAAAGGAAAACUUACGAAAGGGAGUUGUACGAAUAUAUCGAGGAUACCAGAUGCGUUGAGCAGGAAAUCGGAGCGAUUGAAAAACUCCACGCCAGAGUUAAACGCUUUUCAGGCUCGAGAUUGGUGAAGAGGCUAGGGAUGCAGGAUAUAGUCAUGGACGCAUCAGACACCCCCAAACUGUUCGCAUUUGUGAAAAUUCAUAAGCAAGGACAGAAGCUAAGACCUGUUGUUGAUAAAGCUAAAUCUCCCACCUGCAAAUUGGAGGAGGCUUUGCAUCACAUCAUCUCACCACAGUUACAAGGACACCGAUAUACUAUUUCCGGUUUGAAUGAAUUAAUAGAAAUCCUCAAACGUACUGAACAACCAGCUUACAUAUCGAUCAUGGAUUUCCGGUCAUUAUACCCUUCCAUUGAGUUGUCACCUUGUUUUUGUGCCAUCAGAGACUUUCUUUCGCAAUACGUGAAUGAUGAACGUUUACACCAACAAAUUCUGGAGUUGGCACACUUGGUAUGCUACAACUCCGUGUUCCAGUUCAAUGGAAUCACUUAUAACCAGGGCAGAGGUGUACCCAUGGGUAGCGCGGUCUCCGGAGAUCUAUGCGAACUCGUCAUCCAACAACUGGAGGAAAAGAUAAUUCCGAAUUUCUUCAACAGCAUCAUUUUAUACAAGCGUUACGUCAAUGACAUCAUUAUACUGUGGAGGAAUGACCAUGACAUCAACCGCUUUGUGGAUCAGGUAAACAACAACCCGUAUGGCCUAACUAUCGAGCUGGAACAGCAUAGUGAUUCCACGGUCCACUUUCUGGAUGUGAGCAUUGCAAGAGGAUCUAGCAUAAGCACAUCUAUAUACCGAAAGGAGUCGGACUUCCCAACGUAUAUACUGGCGGACUCUUGCGACCCGAUCGGAUACAAAUUGUCAGCAUUUAGGACACUUGUCAAAAGAGCACACAUGCACUGCUCUACACAGAGGGCAUUGGAUAAAGAAAUGAGAUAUCUCCAAAAGGUGGCCAGCCUACCUACAUGGCUUCAACAACAUAGUACAGAAAUUGGCAAGACAACACAACGCUGGAAUACCACCAUCUGCUACCACUAA